ACCCCUCCAAUGUGCUCACAGGUUCGAGGAGUUGGACCUCUGAACCGCCGAGGCUUCUACCUGGCCUUCCAGGACAUCGGUGCCUGCAUCGCCCUCACCUCUGUACGGGUCUACUACAAGCACUGCGUUGGCGUGAGCCGCAAUCUGGCCGUUUUCACCGACGUGGUGACGGGGGCCGACUCGUCCUCCCUGGUGGAGGUCAGAGGUCAGUGUGUGGACCACGCUGAGGAAAGGGACACGCCGAAGAUGUACUGCAGCGCAGAGGGCGAGUGGCUGGUUCCCAUCGGGAGGUGUGUGUGCUCAGCAGGAUUCGAAGAGCACAGAGAUUCUUGUGUUG